UCUGCCACCGCCGCCGCUGCCGCGAGAGGAGAAAUGUCAGCAGGAAGGCCAGUCUCCAUGGACCACUUUAUGGAGACCUUCCCAUUUGAGCAGCUCCUGGAGCCUCUGACAAUGGAGGUUCUUGGCAUGACUGAGCCCAACCCCAUGGAGUGCCUGGAGGACAGUGACCAGGUGGCCCUGCGGCUAGCCUGCAUUGGGGACGAGAUGGACCUGCAUCUCAGGAGCCCCCGACUAGCCCAGCUGUCCAGGAUGACCAUGCACAGCCUGGGUCUAUCCUACAACCAGACUGAUGGCCAGGGUGUCCUCAGAAGUGUUAUCAGCGGUUUCACCAACCUCAGGGAGAAUAUAGCAGGGUUCUGGAGAUCCCUGAGCCGCGGGCCCUGGGUGUGCCCUGCCCCGGCGUGGGAACAGGUGCUGUUGCUGCUGUUGUUGCUGGUGCUGCUGCUGGCAGGGGGCCUGCACCUGCUGCUCAAGUGAGGCCCCGGCAGCCUGGGGUGGAGCUGGACCUCCCCCUCCCUUCCCUGACCACUGCCCUGGAGGUGGCGGCUGCUGUGGUUUCCUUGUCUUUUUAACUACAGUUUUCUGAUCUCUUUUUAUAUUUAAACUCAGGUAGUGCUGGGACACUGCUAAGGUUUUGUACUCAGUUUUUGUUUUUUUUCCAGAUUUUUUUUUUGUAAGACAAAUGAAUUUGUUAUGCCUCUGGGCUUCAGAGGCAGCUUUGCUGAGCCUGUUUUCCUGACCUUGGCCUAGCCCAGGAGGCGUCCUGUCCCCAAGAGGAGGCCUUCCUGUGCUGACUGGUCAUGCAGCAGGCUGCGGGGGGAGUGCUGGUCACACCCCCGUGUACGUGAUGCCCCCACCGGAGAAUCCACUGAAAUGGGUUUCUGUGAGAGCUCAAUAAACUGUUGGUUUGCA